AACCCCCCAAGACCGCCAACCGCACCGUACUCUCUCUUUCUCUCUCUCUCUCUAAAGCUAAGCAAUGGCGGGAAAGCCAAUUACCGGCGAUGGAUUAACGGAGAAUCUUGCCGGCAUGACAAAGAGUCAACUUUAUGGCAUUAUGUCUCAAAUGAAGGCAUUAAUCGAACAGAACAAGCAACAAGCUAAAGAAAUCCUAAUCCAGAACCCUCCCUUGACCAAAGCCCUUUUCCAGGCACAGAUUAUGCUAGGAAUGGUCCAACCUCCACAAGUGAUUCCAAGUGUGCAACCUGCAGCAUCACAGCAAUCUCAGCAAUCAUCACAAGCAUCUAAGCAGUCAAACAUUCAGGCUGCACACUCACUAGCUUUACAGGAACAGGCAGUUAUGUCACAGAACCAACCUCCAAUGAGAAAACAACAUCAGAAUCAACCUUCAAUAUCAAUAUCUUCUACUUCUGCACCUCCUUCAAAUCUUCAGUCCCAGCCUAUGCCUUCACACCCCCUGCAAGCUCCACAGCAGCCCAAAGGGCAUUUGAAUCCUCAAGUCCCACCAAUAUCUGUUCCACAAUCCUCUCAACUUCCAAAUAUACCUCCUCUUCCUCUUCAUUCUGCUUCACAGCAACCCCCACUUCAUCAACCCCAAGUGCCCACUGUCUCUACUCCAUUGCAACAGCCAUUACAGACAACUGGAAUUCCUCAUAUGCCAUUGCAACCACCAUUGCCACCACAAUCUAGACUGCCUUCUGCACCAAAUUUUCAUCAUCAAUAUGGACCACUAAUGAGGCCCAAUGUGGGCUUCCAACAUCCUGGUGCUCCUCAACAUCCUUCACAGCCCAUGUAUCAUCCUGUCAACAAACCUCAAGCUAGCAUGGGGCCUUCAUUUCCACAGGGACAGCCACCUCUUCCAAGUCAGAUACCGCCAAUGUAUCAGGCGGGUGGUUCACACUUGGGGGCUGAGUUCAAUAAUCAAGGUGGAAGUUCAAUGCAAGUUGAUAGAGGAUCUUCUUGGAUGUCUAGUCAACCGGAGAGCUCGGCAGCGGCGCCGCUUCCAGGACCACCCCAAUUAAAUCCUGGUCACAUGGGUCUGGGCAAUCAACCCAAUCGUGCUACACCUUUGACUCCUGAGAUGGAGAAAGCGCUUCUUCAGCAGGUCAUGAGCCUCACGCCAGAACAGAUUAGUCUGCUGCCUCCUGAGCAAAGAAAUCAAGUGCUUCAGCUGCAGCAAAUGCUACGCCAAUGAAGUUACUUGGUUACCUUUUUCAAAUCGAAAUUACCAAUCUCAGUAGUCCUAUUUUGGCUCAUCUCAGUUGGCAAUUUAUCGCAGGUGAAGAGUCAUGCAAAAGUUGAAGCAGUAUUUACCUCCAGGAAGAAUUUGUUCACAGGUAUUCGUUAUUCUGCUGCGAUUGCCCCAUAGUAAAGCUUUAGUUUUAUUUUUCUCCAGAAUAUCAGAUUGGCAGUGUUCGUAUUCUUUUCCUAGUGUUGGGUAAUUUAUAUAACAGAUAUUUUUGGUUAGAUAAAACACAAUUCGACUUAAAUUUUCAGUUACCAUGUAAAGGUCUGAAACAAACCAGUAGAAAGAAUCUGAAAUUGCAUUCUCUGAAAA